AUGGCCCUCCUCAAAUCCCUCUCCUUAGCAACCCUCUUCGCCCUCCUCUCCCUCCUCUCAGGCCCAAUCCUCCACAUAGUCCGCAUCGGAGGCGUCUUCCACACCCCCAACCCCACAAUCCUCUCCAAAGACCAAGGCCCAAUCUAUAUCGACGACACCGUCCAUUGCGAAGAUGUCCACCACUAUAAGCCUGCCAAUCUCCUCUUCACGGCCUGUGAGGAUACUAAGAGUACGCGCUUUGCUUGGUUCCCGCCCUUGGGGCAUCUGAUUCCUGCUACUACCAGUGGCUCUAUUCAUAUUGUCGAUCCCGUGACUAUGAAAUCGACUCGCUUGCAAUUUACCAAUUUCAAGGGUCCGUUCGUGACGCAUGGCAUUGACGUCAUACAAGACUCGAAGUAUGAACAUGAACAUGCAGAUACAGAUGCAGUCUAUAUCUUCGCAGUCAACCAUCUCCCCAACCCGGCUUAUUUCAACUCAAAUGCAAAUGGAAAUGAAAAUGAAAAUGCAACAUCAACCCCACCAGGCACGCACAAAGCAGCCUCGCAAAUCGAACUCUUCCACCAUGUCCUGGGCUCAGGCACAGUCCAGCACGUCCGCUCCAUCCAGCACCCGCUCAUUGAAACGCCGAAUGACAUCUACGCCGAGUCCGAGACGUCGAUUUAUGUCACGAAUGAUCAUUUCUAUCGCGAGGGUGUGAUGCGUCAUAUUGAGGAUGUGUGGCCUUCGGCGAAGUGGUCGAGUAUUAUCCAUGUGAGACUUUCUGCUGCUGAUUUGACUUCCAAUGUGGAGAGUAAGGUUGAGGCCGAGGUUGCUUCGACUGGGUUGUGGAAUAAUAAUGGUCUUGGACAUGGUCGGACGGCCGAUGAGAUGAUUAUUUCUAGUGCGAUUGGCGGGGAAUUGUUCUUGUCCAAGGUGGACUCGAGUGCGGAGUUGAAUGGCUCCGUUUCGGUCGGGGAGUCGGUUUCUUUUGGCACUGUCACGGAUAAUCCUAGUUAUUAUGUUGAUCCGUAUGCGACGGCGGACGAUGAUGUGAGUGGGGUGGUGGUGGCGGGCAUUUCCAAGGCCAUUCAGCUGCCUGUCACUGCUAAGGAUCCUGAGGGGGUGGAUCCUGUGCAGGUUUGGUAUGCUCGUCCUGCUCGGAUUGGAUCUGGAUCGGGGGGAUGGGAGAAGAAGCUUUUGUUUGAGGAUGAUGGGUUGAGGAUUCGGACGGCUAGUGCUGCGGUUCUUGUUCCUGUUGAGCCUACUGGGGAUGGAGUCAAGAGAGCUUGGCUGUUUGUUACUGGGUUUAUGUCGGAGAGGAUGGUUGCGGUACAGGUUGAAUUGUAA